CGGUUGUGGACUAGGCAUUAAACGAGUCCAGACGUCUCCGCGGGAAUCCUAUAAAGAGAGUGCGUCCACUCCGUGGCAAUGGCAUGAGUUAGUUAACGUUAGUUGACUGGCCUUGCUUGGUAGGGGAAGAAAAACAUGACGACGAGUCGUGGGUCGAAAUUUGGCAUUGGCCGAGAUGCCGAUUCCGCGACGUCACGUUGUCUUCCAACUCUGAUUAAUUACUAGUACUUUUCACUCUAUUUAAUAAAAGUGUCAUUUCUUCUGUUCUAUGGCUUAUAUUGGCUGCCAAGAUAUUUUUAGUUUGUUUGCUCACCAUGAGUUCCAUACCAACGCCCUCAGAUCAUCUACCAGACCUAGACUCUAGCGAGGUCACUUACCCAGGUUCUGACAUAGCAGUACCCGCGGCACCAACGAAUCCAGAAGAACUCAAGCACGAUAAAUAUCGAGAGGAUCGAAGAGGAUGGCGUCGAAUUGUCGUUAAUUUCACUCCCUCGUGGUUCGCAGUGACAAUGGGCACUGGAAUCACGUCUGUUCUACUUCAUAACCUGCCCUACCACGGGCGAUGGCUAUUCUACGUGUCUUGUAUAAUAUUCUGUCUAAACAUAGUGUUGUUCACUCUGUUUAGCUGUAUAUCUAUUAUCAGAUAUACGUAUUUUAAAGGUAUAUGGUAUUCGGCAUUACGACAUCCAGCGCAGGCUGUAUUUCUAGGAACCAUACCAGUUGGCUUCGCUACCAUUAUCAACAUGAUAGUCUUUGUGUGUGUCCCAGCCUGGGGCGAUUGGGCUGCCAAUUUUGCAUGGGCUCUUUGGUGGGUAGAUGUUGUCAUGGCCACUGCUUGUAGUCUUUACAUACCGCAUUGUAUCAUGCGAACAGAGGGUAUCACACUAGACCAAGUAAACCCUUCGUGGCUCUUCCCCGUCAUUGCCGAUAUCGUUGCCUCCACAUCUGGAGCCAUCGUAGCCAAUGUUCUUCCCAACGACCAACACGCCAUAUGGACCGUCAUUACAAGCUAUAUCCUCUGGGGAACUAGUGUACCAAUGGCGAUCGUCAUUCUCGCCAUGUACUACCAUCGUCUUAUGAUUCACGACAUCCUCCCUGGCCAAGUUGCUGUCGCAUCGUUCAUCGCCAUUGGCCCUCUUGGUAUGGGCGCAGCAGCAAUCCAACUCCUCGGCCAAGUCUCUCUCAAACUCUUUGCCAGAAACGACUUCAUCCCCAAGGCUCCCAUCGCGGGUCAAUUCUUCUACCUGACUGGCAUUCUCACUGCUCUCAUCUUAUGGGGAUUCGCUGUUGUGUGGCUCUUCUUUGCUCUCGCCACAAUCAUCAGACGUCGAAUCACCUUUAACCUCACUUGGUGGGCGUUUACUUUCCCUCUCGGGGUGUUUACAGUUGCGACCACGACGCUUGCUCAGGAGCUUCCUUCGAAGUUCUUCAAAGUGCUGGGAACAAUAUUCUCUGUUGCCGAGUUCUUGUUGUGGGUUAUGGUGGCGUGUGGGACUAUCAAGGCGAGUCUGAACGGCCAGCUGUUCCAACCUCCACCGCUAGAAGCGUGGGAGAAGAAAGCGAAAGAAGUUGAAGAGACCGAAAAGACCAAGGAUUCACCAGUCUAGAAUGCUGAAAUGGGCUUAUUAGUACAUACAUAUGCACAUAAACUGGCAUAGCUACGACUAUAGACUUGCAUAUUUCAGAGCGUCCGAAAGAUCAAGAGUAGCAUAUCCUCAUAGCGUGUUCAUUUUAGUCAUAAUUUCCAUACAGUCAACAUAAUUUAGCUACUUGGCUUAUACUUGCCUGACUGAUGAAAUACCCUUGAAGUCAACGAUAUCUGAUAACCACCCGGAGCGGGGCCGAAUCACACGGCAGCCCGACCGGCGAAGACACCGGAAGACUCCACACGUCACCGAUUACCGAUCUCUCGCGAAGUCAAUCAGCUGAUUAUCGCCAUGUAACAUGAUGAUUGAUGUCAGAAUUGGUUUCAACAUUGGUAACAAGACUGAGUGACAAGCUCAAUUCAAAACGGCGCAGCUCCAGAUCCAAUAACGCCAUUCAUUGGUCCAAGCUCAUAGCUCCAGCUCCCAUAACAGCCACUAAACCCCUAAAACAGCUCCAGCUUCAGCGUCCUACCCCACUAUAAUCCCCUAAAACCUCGAGUCUCGAACCAAUGGAUCUCAAUUGAUUCUCCACAACAGCACCCCUCCCCAGGCCCCUUGCUCCAUUCGCCUCCAUUUGCCUCCAGAGGCCAGAUUGUCUUGUCACCCACUGCCCAACCUGUUUCCCCCCAUAUUCCAUCAUCUCCACCAGCCUCUUCUUCUUCUUCUUCUUCUUCUUCU